AUGCUAUUAUCACCCACAUCUUCAGUAUUUGACAAUGGUGCAAGUCGAAGAUCGUCAAAAUUGGCCAUCGACGAAGAUGAGGCAGAUUUGACCGUUUUAAGUGAGAACUUAGAGAACAUGAAUGGUUAUUGCAACGAAAUAUCAGACAAAUUGCAACAGAUUUCAAUUAAAAAUUCAGACGCCAUCAGGGGCAUGAAACCAUUGAUUCUGAAGAUAAAUACGUUAAAACUUCAGCAGAAAAACAUAAAUGCUACUGAGGCGGUGAUUCAUAAGGUCAAAGAAUAUGCAUCAAGUAUCAAGAAGUUAGAUGUUUCUUUAGGCUCAGUUGCGGAUUUGCGGAAUUUGGAUCAAAUUGGCAAGUAUUGUAACAUUUUGUCCGGAUAUGAAAGGAUUAGAGGAGAACUUAUCAAAAGGGGACUAAAUGGAUUUCAAGGAUUAAUGAAAGGGUUGAACCAUUCUAUUAAGGACUGUGAAGGAACUUUAAAAUAUGAAAUGAAAGCAGAACUUAAGAGGCUAAGUGAGUUGGAAUCGGGAUUGACAUUUAAUAAAGAUGAGGAAAGAGUUUUAAUUAAACAGGUAGAAUUUAUUUAUGAGUACAUGAAAAAUGAACGCAGCAAGAGUACGCUGGAUAUCAUUGUCAGCAAUAGAUCCAGCCAUGUUUUGAAACUUUUGAAGGAGAGAACCGGAAUUACACUUCCAAAUUUGGUGAAGGACCAAAACUACUUAUACGGAGGCUGUGGAAAAGAUCUCAGAAUUUCAUUUGUCAAUUACACCGGACAGGCGAUGCAAUUACUUGUUUCGGAGUUUGGCAUUGUUUCCAAACUUAUUGCAUCUACUAGAGAGUCACAGGCUGCAUUCAACAAGAUUAUCGCGCCAUUAUUACAGCAUAUAAGUGAUACUGGAAACUCAUUUCUUACAUUUGCAUCCAAGAACAAAUAUGCCUAUGCGACUCUGUUAUAUGAAAUAGUAGAUGGCUUAAGUGUCGUGUUUUCAACGGUUCAGAAAUUUCCAUUAGAGACGCCAGAAGAUCUCAUGACCACAUUUGAGGAUUGUAAAUCACGUGCACGGCUGAUAUUUCAACAGUUGUUUGAAUUCAUACACCAGAGGUACGUCGAGAUGGUAGUCACAGAGCACCCCAACGAAACUCUUAACAACACGUUUAUGAUGCUGGUCACAAGGCUUAACAAGUUUUCUCUAUUCAAGGAGCAGCAAUUGCAAGUAAUAAGUCAGACUCGUAUAGGAUCAUGGCUUCCUCAAUAUAGACCAAAGGGAUUUCAGGAAAUCAGGACGAUGUCUAACGACCCAUUAUUUUUAUUGAGUACUUUCUACUCGGAUGCCAUUGAGUACAGCUUCUAUAUGCUAGCUGAAAAGUUUGAGCCUCAUAUGCUGGAAGAGGAUCUUGGUGUGAUGCUUCUCUUUAAUCUUGAUGGAUUCCAAAAUCUUCUUGAUAGCAAGUCGAACAUGAAGAAUAUUCUAGGACAACAAGGUAUAUCCCGAGUUGAGCGAUUAAAGAAAAAGGCAAUUGAUAAGGCAACUUCGGGAUGGAGCGAUAUGACCACAAAGUUGAUGGAAGCUUCUACGAAGCAGGGUGAUUCAUUCAACAUGAGUAAUAAGGAAAUGGGAAAGUUUGUGGAUUCAUUUACGAGGUCAUUCAACGAGAAUUACCACAAACUCCAAAAUAAGAACUUGCCUCCAUUUUUCAAGAAGGAACUCGCUCAAAAUAUAAGAAAAAUGCUUGGUCCAGCUUACAGAGUUUUCUAUAUGAGUGUUGCACAGGAUUCUUCGGCGAAAAGUGUUUUGAAGCACUUCAAAUACAGUAUAGGUGACUUUGAGCACCAACUAGUAACUCUCGCGUAA